AUGCUAAAGAGGCUGAAGAGACUAGAGCUGAAGCUGAAGCAGUUUGCAGAAGUGGAAACUUUGCUAAUGAAAGAAUGUGAACAAGUGGACAGGGCAAGGCAGAGGAUCGCUGCCGAGCGUGCACUUAUUAUUUCAUCCCAUUUUGGACCUGCUGGAGUUACUCGACCUAUGGGUCUACCAGGCAUUGGUCCUGCCAUGAGCCAUAAUAACACUGGAAAUAAUAGGCAACAAGUCGUCUCAGGCUCUCCUUCACAGCCAUUCAUUUCUGGGUAUGGUAAUAACCAACCGAUCCAUCCUCACAUGUCACUCAUGUCUCAGCAGACAAUGUAUGGGCUUGGGCCACGGUUGCCCCUCUCUGCUAUACACCCGUCCUCGUCUACUCCUCCUACUGCUAUGUUCAAUGCUGCAGCAAAUUCCCAGCCUGCUAUCAGUCAUCCAUUGUUGAGAUCUGUAUCUGGGGCCAAAUCUGGUUUAGGUUAA